CGGUAUCGCCGCUUUUUGUUCGUGCCCGUUGUUCGUCAUUGUUCCAUUAUUGUUCAUCUUCCGAUAGUCUUCUACUUCUUCUCAACGUCUCCACCUUCUUCUACUACACCUCCAUCUCACUUCCUUAGCUCACUACCUAUUUAAGAUCAAAGCGCUCAGCGAUCGGGACACAGUUGCACUGCAGUGAUUUUGAAGAGACGCACUAGCACUUUCAAGAAUUCGCAGUUUUUAAACUUUUAUCCGUCAAUAUGAAGGUUUCGUGUGCAGCGGUUCUAUUAACCACCGUGGUGGCCGCCGUGACAGCGACGUCGUCAACUUCGGACAAAUCCAACGCCGUCCCGUCGCCGGUGCACCAGUCCGCUUCCUACCAGGGACCGGCGGCCGUCGCUUACCCGGGCCCGAGCUAUCAGUUCGCCGCCGAGUACAGCAGCCCGUUCGCCAAGUCGGCGUUCGGCCCCAAGGCCGUCCCGUCGUCGUUCGGCGCUUACCAACCGUACUCGCAGCAGCAUCAGCAGCAGCACCAACAGUACAACUACGUGCCGUACCCACAGUACUUCCCAGCUUCCGGUUACCCAGCGGCCGCCGCCGUUCCGUACCCGUCCGCUUACUCGUCCGCUCAGCCCGCCGCCGUCGCCGCGUCUUACCCGUCGCCGUACACGACUUACCCGUACGCCGCUCAACCAUACGCACCUCAACCGUACGCCGCUCAACCGUACCACGGCGCUUCCUACUCAUCGUAUCCCUUCUCAUCGUACAACGGUCAGUUCGUCCCUGCGUUCGCUUCCCCGUACAACGGUCAUUUCGUAGCCGCCCCCGCCCCCACGGCCACGUCGUACUCCGCACUGCCGUCUGCUUACCAGCCCCAACAACCGUCUUUCUUCAACGCUGCUGCCACCGCCACCACUGGCCAACAGUACAACCCUUCGCAUCAAUACAGCCCGUCUCAGCAAUUCCAGUCGCAACAGUACCCAGCUUUCAAUCCCAACCCGUCGCCCGUCGCCGCUGCUUCCGCAGCGUCCGCCGUCUUCGCUGAUCCCGCCAAGGCCUCGACUGAGAAGAAAUGAACAUAUCGAUCCGGAACAUUGACUCUAUUCACCUCACAUAAGACAUUAUAAUUACUAUUAUUAUUGUUUAUUUUAACUCUACCGCACUACUUAAUGCCAUAAAAUAAAGCAUAACACGUUUUUCGUAAA